ACGAAUUCCGAGUUGCGGCGUCAUGGGCGCACCGUCAUCGUUAAGUACCUACCUUAAUAGUCCGUCGAACGCUGCUUAUACCACCAAGUCCAAUACUCUAGAACCCAACCACAAUGAGCCGGGACAUCGACGUGGCCGUCGUUGGCGGAGGUCCCGCCGGGAUGGCUACCGCUCUCGCCUUCCUCAAGGCUGGGUUUCAGGUGAAGGUCUACGAGCGCUACGGGCACGCGAGGCCGGCCGGCAACAUCUUGAACCUCUGGCCGCCGCCUAUCCAUGCGCUCGCGAGUAUGGGUGUGGACACCAAAGACAUCGGCGCGCCCUGUCAUUCAACCUUUCGCAAUGCCGCGGGCCGGCUGCGGGCCGACUUGAAGAUGCCCCGGGAGAUCACCGAUAAGUAUCGCGGCGGUUUUGUCGGACUUCUUCGGCCCGAUCUCUACAGGCGCAUGCUGGAAGCCAUACCCGACGGCGUUAUGGAGUUCAACUCCCGGGUGCAGGCCAUCGAAGACCACCCCGACCAUGUCCGCAUCACGCUCGCCGACGGGAGGGUCGUGCGCGCCGGUAUCCUCGUCGGCGCCGACGGCAUUGACUCGCUCGUGCGGGCACACCUGUGGGGCGACGCGCCGAAGCGGAAUCACGACCUGCACAUCAUCGGCGGAUUCACCUUCGAGCGGCCGCCGGGUGCGGAGGCGGGCAAAUGCGUCCUGAAGCACAACCGAUACGUCCAAGGCACUUACUCGAGCAUCCUCAGCAACGGCAGGCAAGGGUUCCAGUGGUGGUUCGUCGAAGCCUGGCCCGACGCCAACGACGCCCCCGCAAAGCUUCACGAACACGCCCUCGAGCUGGCGCGCGGAUUCCAGGGGCCGCUCGCGGACCUCGUCAGGGCAACGCCCGAGUCCAACAUGCACCGCUGGCCGAUCCGAGACAGGAUCCCGCUGCCGAGGUGGUCCAAAGGCAGGAUCACGCUGGCGGGCGACGCCGCCCACGCGACCUCGCCCUACGCGGCGUACGGCGCCGGCAUGUCCAUCUGCGAUGGCUACUUCCUCGGCCAGCGCUUUCACAAGGUCGACCUGGACGACGCGGCAGCCGUCGCCCGGGCGUUUGAGGAGUACGAGGCGUGCCAGCGCGCCCAUACGACGCAACAGGUCAACCAGGCCUACUUCUUUGGCCGGCUGUUCCACCACGUCGCGUUCCCGCUCAAUGUGCUGCGCGACUUGGUUCUGGACUGGACCCCGUUCUUGCAGUGGCAGGCUGGGGAUAAGAACCCGAGCAACAUCAUCGCGCAGCUGAAGGUCAUGGGCCCCGGCAUUGUCCCUUGACGAACCAGGUUAGCGGGACUCAGGAGUAGAUAACCACCCUCAACUCCCAAGCUUACUCUACGGAUGAAAAACAGCUCUCCUUUUCGGACGGCUGCUGCGUUUUGUCAUGUAAUUAAAUAACAAGAGCCAACAAGCUGGGCACAGCGAAGCGCCCACGAGGUGUAUUUGACGUCUCGCUCCGCUCGGAGGCUGUGCUUGGUGCUGGAUUCUGUGAGGCCCGCUCGCCGACGCCGUUGUCGUGGGCACCGGAGCUCCAAGCAUAGCGUGGACUGGGCCAGACACGCACACGGUGAAGCCGCCAGCGUAAAGCAAAACAGUGUGAGAUGUCGGGCAGUAGCCAAAUGAACGACGCAACGAACAACAAAGUUG